AGUCAUCGGCCAACAAUGCAGCUAUUUACUCCGAGCCGGAUUUGGUCCCAAAAGGCCGGCCCGGCCUCUCCCGGGCAACCGGCUUCAAACGAAAGCCGAAUUCUAAACGAGGGAAGGAAAAGAGGUUUGAACGACAGCGGAGCGAGGUCCUUAUGGUCGAGGUGGCGUGCGAUGCCUCCCGCCAUGACAGACCUCCUGGACAUAUGGGCGGCCCACUCGCCCCUGGCCGGCCACGUUCUGGACCAGGUCACCGUGGACUUCCUGCUGCCCACCGGCAUCUACAUCCAGAUGGACGUUCCGCGCGAGGCCACCAUUCAGCACAUCAAACUGCUCUUAUGGAAGCAGGCCCAGUCGUUCCCGCUGUUCCCCUCCCUGGGCGAGAUGGAGAGCCACAUGUUCGAGUGCGUCAACCAGGCCGCCGUGCACGAGGAGCUGGAGGACGAGUCCCGCCGGCUGUGCGACGUGCGCCCCUUCCUGCCGGUCCUCAGGCUGGUGACGCGCAACUGCGGCCGAGCGGAGCGCCUGCUGGACUCCAAGAUUGGCGUGCUCAUCGGCAAGGGUCUCCACGAACUCGAUGCCAUAAAUGACCAGGAGGUGAAGGAUUUCCGCAGCAAGAUGUUUCGCCUCAGCGAAGAGCGGAUGCAGAAGGUCCAGAUGAUGACGUGCACGGAGUGGCUGCAGGCCUGCUUCUCCCCGCAGCUGGAGCCCCCGGCGGGGCCGGCCGCCCCCGAGGGGCUCAACGACCGGCCCGCCGACCUGAAGGUCAUCAUCCACUUCGACCAGUCUCAGGACUCGGCCAGCCUGAAGGUGGCGUCGUCCUGCGUCCCCUCGGAGCUGAUGGAGCAGGCCCUGAAGAAGUGGCUGACCACCCACGGGCCCGAGGGGGGGGAGGAGGAGGAGGCGUGGCGGGGGCAGUACGUGCUGAGGGUCAGCCACUGCCUGGAGUUCCUGUGUGGAGACCAGCCCCUGAUUGAGUACAAGUACAUCCGCUCCUGCAUGCAGGCCAAGGAGCCCCCGCACCUCACCCUGGUCCACGCCAGCAACGUCAAGGUCCUGUUCGACAAGGAGAUCUCCGCCAUCGGCGCCGUGGUCAGCCGCAAGUCCUCCAACCCGCCUCUCCCGCUGCCCCCCAAGAGAAGGGCUCCCACGCUAGUGCAGACGUGUGUGUGGGACGUGUCCCAGCCCUUUAAGAUUGUCCUGGUGAACGGCAGCAAGGUGAACGCAGAGGAGAGCGCCAAGGUCCAGGUGAGGGCGGGGCUCUUCCACGGCACGGAGCUGCUCUGCAAGCCGGCGGUGAGCAGCGAGAGCAGCGGCCGCUCGGACCACACGUGGAAUAAUAGCACGCUGGAGUUCGACCUCUCGGUGUGCGACCUGCCGCGCAUGACCCGCCUCUGCUUCGCCAUCUACGCCGUCAUGGACAAGGUGAAGAAGCAGAAGUCCACCAAAAACCUCCACACAAACAAGUACCAGACCAUCCGCAAAGCAGGGAAAGUGCACUACCCCAUAGCGUGGGUCAACACCAUGGUGUUUGACUACAAAGGCCAGCUGAAGACCGGAGACAUCAUCCUGCACUGCUGGUCCUCCUUUCCUGAUGAACUUGAAGAGAUGCUGAACCCCAUAGGAACCAUUCAGACCAACCCGUACACUGAGAACGCCACAGCGCUGCACAUCCACUUCCCGGAGUACAUGUCCCACUCCGUCGUCUUCCCUCCCUUUGACAAGAUACUGGAAAAAGCUGCAGAGACUGUCAAGCCAAAUGACUUGAUGAGUCGCGGGUGGAAGAAGUUCAACAUUGAGCUGAAGGAGAUCAUGGAGCGCGACCCGCUCUCUCAGCUGUGUGAAAACGAGAAGGAUUUGAUUUGGACGCUUCGCCACGACUGCAAAGACUAUUUCCCUCAGUCGCUGCCCAAGCUGCUGCUCUCCGUCAAGUGGAGCAAACACGAGGACAUGGCGCAGCUCCAGGCACUGCUUCAGGUUUGGCCCAAACUGAGUCCCAGAGACGCUCUGGAGCUUCUGGACUUCAACUACCCGGACCAGUAUGUCAGAAAGUACGCCGUGGGCUGUCUGCGGGAUAUGAGUGAGGAGGAGCUGUCGCAGUACUUGCUACAGUUGGUGCAGGUGUUGCGCUACGAGCCGUACUACGACUGCGCCCUCACCCACUUCCUGCUGGAGCGCGCCCAGGGCAACCGCAAGAUAGGACACUUCCUCUUCUGGCACCUGCGGGCAGAAAUCCACAUGCCAGCUGUUUUAGUCCAGUUUGCCCUCAUCCUGGAAGCCUACUGUCGAGGCAGCAUCCCUCAUAUUGAGAUUCUAAAGAAACAGGUGGAAGCCCUGAGCAAGCUGAAGUCGGUGAACGAGCUGAUCAAGCUGGGGACCAUCAAGAACGCGCGGAGUAAGACCAAGGAGGCCAUGUUGACCAAGGAGGCCAUGAUGACUUGUCUGAGGCAGAGCGGCUACUCUGAGACUCUGUCGGACCUUCACUCGCCUCUGAACCCCAACAUCCUGCUGUCCGGCAUCAAUGUGGAGAAAUGUCGCUACAUGGACUCAAAGAUGAAGCCGCUCUGGAUUGUUUACAACAACAAGUUGCUGGGGGGAGACACGCUGGGAAUCAUCUUCAAGAACGGGGAUGACCUACGGCAAGACAUGUUGACCCUCCAGAUUUUGAGGCUGAUGGAUCUGCUAUGGAAGGAGGCUAAUCUGGACCUCAGAAUCGUACCGUACGGUUGCCUAGCAACGGGGGACCGCUCAGGGCUGAUCGAGGUGGUCUCGUCGGCCGACACCAUCGCCAACAUCCAGCUGACCAGCAGCAACGUGGCAGCAGCGGCCGCCUUCAACAAGGACGCUCUGCUGAACUGGCUCAAAGAGAGGAAUUCUGGCGACGCUCUUGAGCGGGCCAUCGAGGAGUUCACCCUGUCGUGCGCGGGCUACUGUGUGGCCACGUACGUCCUCGGCAUCGGAGACCGGCACAGCGACAACAUCAUGGUCCGCAGCACGGGACAGCUCUUCCACAUCGACUUCGGCCACAUCCUGGGAAACUUCAAGUCCAAGUUCGGCAUCAAGAGGGAGCGGGUACCAUUCAUCCUCACGCACGACUUCAUCCACGUCAUACAGGAGGGCAAGACUGGAUACACGGAGAAAUUUGCCAGCUUCCGUCAGUACUGCGAGGCAGCCUACCUGGUCCUGAGGAAGAACGGCAACCUCUUCAUCACGCUGUUUGCCCUCAUGCUGACCGCCGGACUGCCCGAGCUCACCUCAGUCAAAGACAUCCAGUACUUAAAGGACUCUCUUGCUCUGGGUAAAACGGACGAGGAUGCGCUGAAGCAGUUCCGGCAGAAGUUCGACGAGGCGCUGAGAGAGAGCUGGACGACCAAAGUCAACUGGAUGGCGCACAACGUGGCCAAAGACAACCGCUCCUAGAGGCGCUUCAGGUCCCUCAAAGGGGGGAUGGGGGGGAGCAGGCAGGAGGACUCAGUGAACGAGCGUGGGGGGCGUAUGCAAAGGAGACAUUGCGACAGCCGGCCUCAUCUAAAGAAGGGCACCCCCCCGUCUCCCCCCCGCACCCCUCAGAAACGGAUCACCGGCGCCGCAGCGCACGCCGCCUGGCGUUGCUACAUGUUGUGGUGUUUCUGCGGACUCCUGGAGGUUGGUUUUUUUUUUUUUUGCAAUUUUUGCACGGCAACUGCUGAUGGAGCAGCAGCCAAAGGAAGGGAACUGAAGCCUCCGCCCUGCACGCUCACACGCGCACACACACUCACACACUCACACACUCACACACUCACACACUCACACACACACACACACGCUCACACACACACACACACACUACUAAAGAAAGAGCUGUUGGCUCGGAGAGGACGAGCUGUCAGACAGGACUGGAAACGAGGCUCGUAUGGACUCUUACGGGGGACCUGCUUUAAGUACAGUGGAGGGUUUGUCUGGUGGAUGUUGCCCCCUCCUCCCCGCCGCCCCCCACCGUGUCUUAAAACGAUGUGCAUAACGCCCACGACUCAACGCGUUCUCUCCCGCCGCCUCGAUGUGCCUCAAAACCGCGAGAUGAAAGUAUUUCUCAUGAGUUUCUUUUUGCCAUUUUAAGAGUCCGCAGCGUCUCUGACUACUUCAGCAGUCCACGGGGGACACUGGGACGAGAGAGAUGUAUGGACCGGGGGACGGGGGGGCCCUUUGGCCCUCUGUUUGGAUCACGCUUCAUGUGAACACUGGAAUGUUUUUGGAAAGACUCACACGAGAAAAUAAUUUCUCUUUUAAACGAACCAAACACUUUAUUUCUUUUGUUCCUUUUAUUUUGAAAUGUCCACGUGCGUUGUUUGUUUCCCCAAAUCUAGAACAUUAUUGGACAACGCGUCACCGCUCGCCCACAUGUCUUAAAGGACUUCUCAUGCUAGCAACCAGGAGAAGCGGAUAACCGAUGCUUUUUAACACGUCAGGACCAAAACGAGAGGAAAAAUGAGCAACAGUUUGGUGGCGUCAUCGCUCACGUUGCGUUUUUAAUGAUCUGUGUCUGAAUUGAAUGUGAAAAUAUGUGCCGCUCUCUUUUUAAGUGAUCCUUGUUUUUAUACGAGCAGGUGUGGGCGGAGUCUGGGGUCAGUGUGGGCGGGGUUUAUCAGGAGGGACAUUACACUGCGAUGAAAAGCUACCUUCUCGUCUUGACAUACAAUGCUCCUCAGCAUCUUUGUUUUUUCGUGCAAUAUCCGAGUAUAUGAACCAUACUUUGUUCUAUGAAACUAUGAUGGUCUUUUUCUGUCGGUGGAUGUCUGAUGCAGCUGUGUUUUGCACCACUGGCCUUAGAACCUCUCAGACACUGGAUAUUGUCAAAUGUACAGGCUUUUAUUGUUUUGCUGGUAUGUUUUCAUAGGAGUUUUAUUAAAGUUAUUUUCCACCGUGCUGCAUCUCC